UGUUAAGUUCUAAAUUUCUUAUAAACCAAAGCCAAACAAAAAUACAGAGCCAUGUUGGUCAAGUUCCUCAUUAUCGUCUUCUUGAGCUUCCUCUCCCAAUCCCAAAAAUCCUCUUCCCAAGUUCUUGAAUUAACUUACAAUGGCUUCCGUCCUCCAUCCACUAACAUAUCAAUCCAAGGAAUUGCCACCAUCACACCUAACGGUCUCUUGAAGCUAACCAACACAAGCAUGCAGAGAACCGGUCACGCCUUCUACACCAAACCAAUCCGGUUCAAAGAUUCUCCAAACGGUAAUGUCUCGUCAUUCUCCACAACUUUUGUCUUUGAUAUCCACUCUGAGAUCCCCACACUUAGCAGCGGCGGCAUGGCCUUUGUCAUCGCUCCUAACCCUGGCCUCCCAUUCGGCAGUACUUUCCAAUACCUCGGCCUCUUAAACGUCACAAACAACGGUAACGAUACGAAUCAUGUAUUCGCUGUCGAACUUGACACAAUUAUGAGUAUCGAGCUCAAUGAUAUGAACAAUAACCAUGUCGGAAUCGAUAUCAACAGCUUGAUAUCGGUAAAAAGUUCCUCGGCUGGGUACUGGGACGAGAACAAUCGGUUUAAUAAUCUGACUUUGAUUAGUCGUAAGCGUAUGCAGGUUUGGAUCGACUACGAUGGUCGUACCCAUCGAAUCGAUGUAACAAUGGCUCCCUUUAGCGAGAAUAAACCUAGAAAACUGCUUGUUUCUAUUGUCAGAGAUCUGUCCUCUGUUCUUUUGCAAGAUAUGUUCGUAGGUUUCUCGUCUGCGACCGGUUCUAUGUUGUCAGAACAUUUUGUUCUUGGCUGGAAUUUCCGGGUGAACGGGAAAGCUCAGCCACUGGCCUUGGCCUUGUCGAAACUUCCGAUAUUGCCUGUGUGGGAUUCAAAACCCCCGAGGUUCUACAGCUUCAUCAAGAACUGGAUGCCGUGGAUCUCCCUCUUGUUGAUUCCCCUCUUGCUUAUUAUUUUCCUUGUGCGCUUUCUCGUGAGGAGGAAGAGAAAGUUCGCAGAGGAGCUCGAAGAUUGGGAAACCGAGUUCGGGAAGAACCGGCUAAGGUUCAAGGACUUGUACUAUGCCACAAAAGGGUUCAAGGAUAAGAACCUUCUUGGAUCAGGCGGGUUCGGGAGGGUUUACAGAGGUUUCAUGCUGAAGACUAAGAAGGAGAUCGCGGUGAAAAGAGUCUCGAACGAAUCCCGACAAGGUUUGAAAGAGUUUGUGGCUGAGAUCGUGAGUAUUGGACAGAUGAGUCAUCGGAACUUAGUCCCUCUCGUGGGUUAUUGUCGCCGGAGAGAUGAGCUUCUUCUGGUGUAUGAUUACAUGCCUAAUGGAAGCUUAGACAAGUAUUUGUACAACAGUCCGGAGGUAAGACUAAAUUGGAAACAGAGGUUUAAAGUCAUAAAUGGUGUGGCUUCUGCCUUGUUCUACCUUCACGAGGAAUGGGAACAAGUGGUGAUUCACCGGGACAUCAAAGCAAGUAACAUCUUGUUAGAUGCAGAGUACAAUGGAAGACUCGGAGAUUUUGGUUUAGCCCGAUUGUGCGAUCACGGGUCAGAUCCUCAAACCACGCGCGUUGUUGGAACUUGGGGAUACCUAGACCCUGAUCAUGUUAGGACAGGACGGGCCACAACCGCUACUGAUGUUUUUGCGUUUGGGGUGCUCCUACUAGAAGUGGUGUGCGGUAGACGUCCUAUCGAGAUUGUAAACGAGAGUGAUGACACCGUCUUGCUCGUGGAAUUGGUUUUUGGGUUUUGGAUAGAGGGAAAACUCUUGGAUGCUACGGAUCCGAAUCUAGGGUUCGAGUAUGACCAAAGAGAAGUCGAAAUGGUUUUGAAGCUAGGUUUGUUGUGCUCUCACUCCGACCCACCAGCUAGACCAACUAUGAGACAAGUGCUACAAUAUCUAAGGGGAGAUGCAAUGUUACCAGAUUUAUCGCUGUUCGACUUCCGUGGGAGUGAAAAAAUGUUGGGAAUCAGCCACAGAUUUAGUGAGUCAUGCAUGUUUACCAGUAGAUCUUCGAUUGCUUAUUCCAUACUUUCUGGCGGGAGGUGAUUUUCCAAUAUCACAAUAAUGUUUUAUGUUUUACAUUAUGGCCGUGUUCGUUUCCAUGACGCAGCGACUCCGACGAGCGACCAAAAAAUAAGCACAGUUUUUUCCUGAUUUCUUUGUACACUGUCGCUGAAUCUGAAAACGAGCGAUUCCGAUGACUUAAUUAAGGAAAGGUGAAUGUCGCUGUAAUUUAUAGCGGCAGUUUUAAUGGACUAAUAAAAACUAGCGACAGUUCCAUAUUAAUAUCGGCGACAGAUGAAUAACAACGUCGGGAAGGAAUUUCUCUCUCCACCGUUUGUAUUUUUGGUCGCUAGCUUAUGUCGCUGCGUCUAGAAAACGAACAAGGCCUAUAUUACAUAUGUAGAAAGAAAUUAUAUGCACGAGAUAGGGGACCAUGUUGACAUAUUUCAGUGCUGUAUGUGUACGAAUAAGUGAAAUU